GUACGGAAAUGAAACAUUGGCUUGUUUGCUAGCCAGCAGACAAAUAGAAUAUGUAAUUGUUGUGAAAACUAAUUAAAUAAAUUAAAAAAGAUACUACUGAACAGUUGCUGAACAUGUAUUAUUAGUCAAGUGGAUCCACGGCAAAGUACACCGCGAAUGAGAGGCGAAAAGAAAGACGGUGGUAAAAGCAACGCACGCAACGGAAUUGAGACAAAAACAAACCGCUUGUAUUUUUAUCGGUUGAUCGAAAUUCAAUGCUAGACUGAAUCCGAGAAACUCACGUGGCACAGCAAGGAAGGAAGGACGCAGCAGGGAGAGGACUUUAAAAUGGGUAAGCGCCUGAUCUUGGAACGCCAGCCCACAGACCGAAGUAUAAGGAAACGCAAAAGAGCGGAGAUUAGAGAAGAUAAUGACAGCGAUGAAGCCGUAGUGGCUGAGAAGUGCCAACGGUUGGCUGACGAUGUCAAUGGCUACGAGUCUCAUGACAAUGAUGAUGAGGAUUCGCUAUCGUCGGGAUCAGGAGGUGGCAUUGGGACAGCUCUUGUGCACACGCCGCAGGCCCAGGCGGCACACAGUUUACUUAGCUUGGCUAGCAACGAGAAGCAGAAUUCUCUCUCCACUGAGUCUCCGCGACCCGUCUAUAGUCUGAGACCUUCUGUAGUCAAUGGUACCAUCCUGAGAGAUGUACUCUCAAAACCCUGGCGCUUGGGACGACCUAUAGGUAAGGGAAAUUUCGGCGAAAUAUUUCUGGCAUCGGACGAAACUGUAUGCCCUGUCACCUCAGAGAGUGCAAAAUAUGUGGUCAAAAUUGAGCCACAUUCCAAUGGACCUCUUUUCGUUGAAAUUCAUUGUCUGAUCCAUACUUCUCAGACGAAAGCAGUUACCAAUGGUCAGGAAAACGAGGAAGCGCAAGCAAAAAUCAGUCCAGUGGCGCCUCAUGUAGCACAGGGUCCGCCAUCGGGAAUACCCAGUUACAUUGCCUCUGGCACCCAUUACUUUGGUGAUGGUCGCUAUCGCUUUUUGGUCUUGCCCCGCUUUGACCGAGAUCUGCACUCACUGAUCAAAAACUCCCGAGUGCAGCAGAAGUCACUUCUAGUGCUGGCCAUACAUAUUGUUAACGUACUGGAGUAUCUGCACGACAAGGGGUACUGCCAUAAUGAUAUUAAGGCCCAGAAUUUAAUGAUAUCCAAGUGCAAGUAUCUUCAGAGGCAGACAGUGUCCAGAGAUAAGCACUAUGAAGAAAAGCAACAGACUACGGACAGCGGGAACAGCUCAGAACAAGAGACCACUAACGACGAUGAAUAUUUCCUAAAGAACGAGAAGUUCGCAUUGAAACGAAUGGCACACAUAGGUAAGGGAAAGGACGAGGACAUGGAAGAGGACGAGGAUUUCGAUGAUGGAGCCACCACGAAUAGCAACAACAGCAAUAGCAAUAGUUUGGACUGCUACCAAACACCAGUGAAUAAGAAACGCGCCAGACCGCGCACUGGUGUUGAGUUCAGCGGCUCCAAUCCGGUGCGCUCGUGUCGCCGCGAAAAGCGCAAUUCUAUGUAUGAGGAGAUGGUCAAGUCGCACUAUCUGCGACCUACCAAGCGAGUUAGCUAUCGUGAGGAGUUUAACGAGGAAGGAUAUCCCAUCAAGGAGGAGCAGCAGCAAGCGGAGGGGGCUAACAGCGAUCAGUCGCCAGUUAGUUCGGACAAUGAGUCCGAGGAGUUUCUGCCACCUUCUAUUCGACGUUCAACAAAGAAAUCUUCUGCCAGUUUUUCCGCUGCCAAGCGUCUCGGCACACGACGUCAGCAGAAAAUAAUGAAAAAUCGUGAAAUGAUUGCGAUGGCGGAAGAAAGUUCCCGUAGCCGUGAUGGCAAGCGAGUCACAACUAAUCCGCCACAAUACCAGCUUAUUCCAGUGGAGGAGGAGCAUGUCUUCCUCAUCGACUUCGGUCUAGCGUCCAAAUAUCAAGACCGCGGUGUUCACCGCCCAUUCAUUAUGGACCAGAGACGAGCGCAUGAUGGCACUUUGGAGUUUACUUCCCGGGAUGCCCAUAUGGGUGCUCAUUCCCGUCGCAGUGAUCUGGAGUGCCUGGGUUACAAUCUGCUUUAUUGGUCUGAGGGCUUUUUGCCUUGGAAGGAAGUUGCCAGUCAGCAGCAGCAAGAGAAGGUGCAUCGGGCCAAGGAACUGUUCAUGACCGACGUCUCCGAAAUGCUACGUCAGUUCUAUGGAAAACAGAUUCCUAAAUAUUUAGGCGAGUUUCUAAAACUAAUCGGGCAAUUGUCCUACCAGGAGCGUCCCAACUAUCAGCGUUAUCGAAAUAUUUUUAAGCGCGAGUAUCGCCGACUUGGCCACGAUCCCAACCAGAUGAGGCUGAGUAGUGAUGAGAUUUUGUCCACCUGCGUUAACAUUAAGGAUGAAGUUGAUGGAGGAGCAACUCCUGCUAGCAACAAAUGCGAUAUUUUCGAUGUGAAUAACAAGUUCUUCAGCAAUGCAAUUCGCAAUUCUGCAUUACACACACCAUUUCAGGAGCACUCGCUUACAAAUCGGGUGUCGCCAAAGAAUCUGCGCUCAAAAUCUGAGAAGAAAAACGUUAAAAAGAAAAGUUUCUCCUGGGCCGAGGUGCUAUUACAAGAUCCAGAUCAAAUAGCUAGGGAACGGGCUGUAAAAGAGUUUGAGCGAGAGGAGGAAAUAUGCCCGUUAAAAUCACGUCUUCCUAGGAGAUAUGAGGGCAAGGCGACAUAUGCGAUACUGGCCGUAGAACAGAGUCGUCGGGAUAAGGGACUGACCGUGCAGGAACACAUCAACGAAGAUGACAACCAAGCAGACCAGGAGGAAGAGGACGAGAAUGAAGAUGAUAAAGAUGAAGAAGAGGAAGAUGAGGAUGAGAGCAACGCAGAUGAAGAUGCAACUGAGGAAACCGAUUCAGAGGAAGGGCGUGUUAGUCGACGUGGUGGACACGGAAGGGUUCGUAAACGUACAACUAGCAAGCAACCAACUACUAAGCUGGGUCGCGUAGCCACAGCCGGCAAAGGCAAAUCAACAAAUGUGGCCGUGGAUAAGAGUACACCUUUAUCCACAGUCGUCGCUAGCAAUAAACGUGGCUGCGCCACACGGAAGGAGCACGCGAUCGCCGCCUCUGCCACCGGUGAGACUGAGCGCAAACUGAAGGCCAGUCAAACGCGUCGAGAGGAGGAUCUUCAUCAUCAUCAAAAACAACAACAACUACUACCCAAGCAGCGGCGUCCACGUCGCUGUCUACAUAAGACUGAAGCAAUAAUGGGUGUCGUCCAGCAAGACGUUGAGAACAAUUCCGAAUUGUUGCCUAUGCAAAGUGCGUAUGGCGAUUAUGAUGAUGAGAAUAACUAUGGGGCUAAGGGGCGCAAUGUACAUGCGUCAUCCAGACAUUGUCGCAAGUGAUAGGAUAACCAAUAAUCGAGAGGCAAAAGGAGAAUCCAAUUAGAGAGCGGAUCAAAAAAACGGAGGGAAAACUGGGAAAUCGGUUUUCAAGUAUUUUUAGUAAUUAAUAGUGACAGGAGGGGACACACACAUAUGCCUAUACCCAGAUACGCCUACGUGCUAAGUUAGGAAACACAAAUCUAAAUCAUGUGUAGAAUGAACAUUUUUAUUUUUGUUUUUAAGUUAAAGUGGGAGUUCCCAGCUAAUUAUAGAAAAGGAGAAUUGUUGAAUCAUUCAAAUAAGUGCAUACAUACAUUAUUACUUAUGCUUCUAUACUACUACAUCAACUCCGUUGGAUAUAAUGAAAGGGAGAGUGAGGGAGCGGUAUAAUAAUGAUGGACAUAAUGUUAGAUUUGUAUAUCGCCGUCAUGAUAGCAAAUGUUUAAGUUGUUUAAUUUUGAUUUUAUUAUUUUCGAAGAAACAAAUGUGUUAGACUCUUUUUUGUUAGGUAAUACAUAUGAAUAAUUGCAUAAUCCUUAAUGCAAUUUUAGGUUUAUAUUGCAUACACAAUGCAAACCACCACCAAUUUCCCGCAUCUUCCUCACACAGAUAUACCCCCAAUUACACUCAUCCAAAACCCCCCUUGGAUACAUAGUCUCCAUAAGAAGAAAAAGUAUUUAACUAAACAAAAAAACUAGAUAAAAGGUUAUUUCGUAAAAAAUGUUUAAGUCUAAGCUUAGGAUAUAAAUAUGUAUAAAAAGCAACAUAAACUCCGGAUACAAAUAAAACAGACAAAAAAAAAAAAUAAUCAGAUCAAAAAUUUAA